AGUUAAGCUCGGUGUCAAUAGGCUACGCAGUACAUGCGCAGAGGGUCAGCGUUCUGACUCCGCUCCUUUCAAUAGAGCUCGCUUACGUCUGCAACGUUGUUCACGACUGGCAGCAUUAACGAUAUGGAGAAGACGAGCGAACACCAGAAACUCUCAUACUCGUGGCACCAGUCCCAUGAUCAGGCCACAGUUUUGUUACUUGUCCCGUAUGAAACUUCAAGAGAAGACGUUGUUGUUGUUAUUGAACGCAACUAUCUACUCGCUGGCGUUAAAGGACAACAGCCCAUCGUGAAAGGUCGUCUUUACAGCCACGUCGACGUUGCGAACUCAGCGUGGCAACUCGAACCCCGCAACUCGCGUCUUUCCGCUCGGGAGCGUACCACGUCGACCAUAUCGACAACGUCCACCCAAUCUUCUUUCGCUUUUGUAUCCGACCCAGAAAUUUCAAGCAGCUUUGCGGCUUCUCUGGAAAGCGGCCAAGUAUCUGACGCAGAGGAGGUUGUAACUCCUUCACCGGCACUAUCAUCGCCUACCUCCUCACCUGACGAGCACACGAGCAGUGCGAAUCAUCAUCACUCCAUCCCUGUUACUUCUAGUCCUGCAUCGCCUUCAUUGCCUGUACAUGCCUUAUCUUCAUUCUCCUCCUUGGAGUCACUACACUCCAAUUCAGGAAGACUCGUAACACUUCAUCUCGAGAAGGAACAGUCAAUUAUUUGGCCAUCAUUGAUCCGAGGACCGAUUCCCCAGGAAAUUUCGCCAUGCGCUCCUGUCCCUAUGUUAUAUGAUUCUAGCUUGGAAUACAAAUACAACAUGGACCCUACAAGUCUUGUCCUAUAUGCCAUAGAACUUUAUGACAUCAGGAAAGAUAAAGAAGAAGCAUUUGAGUACUUUGUACGAGCGUGGCACCAUGGCCAUCUCCCUUCUUCUACGAUGAAAUUGGUGACCCACUAUCUACCCGUCCAAACAUCAUUGGACCAUCUUGAUGCAUCUGAAGAAGGGCAAUGUGGAACCGUCUCAUAUUAUGUUCAGUCCAUUGGCGGCCCGGCGGGCCUGGCCAGGCUCUUCUUGGAGGCUGGUCUUCUUCAUCUCGAAGGAGCAGCUUCUGUUUUCCUGUCAGCGUCUUAUUCUACGUUGUCAUCCAUUAGGAUGCCGCCACAGCCACAGCCUGGAGAAGGGGGCACAGAAGCUUGGAAGCGUGAUAGGGAAGCCGCAGGUCGAUACUUUGAGCGUGCUCGCACUUUGCAGCCCGAUUUUGACAUUCCCGUCCUUCCUGAUGAAGGCAUUGACCAGCAUGGCCUUGGAAGCGUCCAUGAACUUGAGAUGCCAUCUAUAGAGAUUCAUCCUUCUGCCUCGGCGAGCCUCUAUUCUGGAGAGGAUUCGCUCCACUCAGAACAAGAGAUCAUCCCGCGCCGAAGAAGGCAAAAGAAAGAAGAGCUUAUCUUCAUGGACGAGGUCAAGGGCAAGGAUGACAUCGAUAGUGCGUGGUACUUGUAUGUUCCCAGCCUGGUAGGUGCCGGCACAGCGUUGCUAGUUGUGGGCGUUAUAGGCGCACUCAGCCUUUCGUCGUGGAGGAGAAACCAAGGAUCUUGAUGUGUAUCUUCUUUGGAUUUGCUGUUCUCAGUGUUCUAGUACUUUCAUUAGACUUGAGCUAUCGUUCUAGUUUUCCUAUUGCUCCAGUUAUUGCUUCUUUGUAUUAAGACUAUAUAUCUUUCCCUGGUUGUUAGUGUUUCUUUCCUGGAAUCGACUCAAUGUGGCGCUAGAGUUUGGAGAUCUAUGAUGUAUACUAGUACUAGCUUGUUACAUAAAGUUUGACUUCAGGGAUUG